GUACAGUUGGGUUUGGGGCAAUGUGAGUGCAGGCCAGCGGGGGACUGGAGAGGGGGGGGUCCUAAUUAGAGGUGACUUGACUGGGAAAGCUCAGACUGAGAUAAAAGCGAGAGAAGAAAGUGUUAAAGCUGUAAUUUGAUCUGAGACCUAAUCUGGAGUGAGACCUUAUCUCAGUCUGGGACGAAGGGGUGCGGGUGUCAUUCCAGAGUUUGGAAACAGUGAGAAGUGGUGGGGAAAAUAAUUGAAAGUGAGUCAGAGAGACGGUGCUACGUCAGCAGGGGGGGGUGCCCGGGUGGCCAGGCUCCAUGUGACCGCUCACACAGGCGCUCCCUUCAGUUUCAGUUUCCAGUCGGCAGAAUCGAGAGCGCCGGGCUCCGCUCCCCUCCGCCGCAGCUGGCCACGGAAACCCGGCCUGCACCAUGUCCGAGUCCGCCGUCGUCAAGUUCAUCUGCGCCAACCAGGGCUCCGUGAACGUCGGGGACCUGGUGGCGAACGGCUGUUUCGGCUCCGACCGGGACGUGAGGCGGAUCAUCUCCAACCAGGACAAGUUUGUGAUGUGUUUCUCCGGCGGGGAGCAGAAGGUGGUGGCCAAGACGGAGCUGCAGCUGUGCCGAGCCAGAGACUGCCGGGCCUGCAGCAACGUCCAUCUGUGCAAAAACUUCCUGCUCGGAGCCUGCCCCUUCACCCAGGCCAGCCGCAGCUGCCGUCUGCCCCACGAGCUGACGUCGGAGCACAACGCCGAGGUGCUCAGGCAGCACGGCCUGCAGGAGCUGGACCGGGCCGAGCUGUGCACGCUGCUGCUGCAGAACGACGGCUCCCUGCUGCCGCCCAUUUGCCACGACUACAACAACGGCACCGGGCUGACGGGCCGCUGUCGGAAAGGCGACAGCUGCAACAGGCUGCACAUCUGCGAGCGGUACAUGCUGGGACCCUGCAAGUGCCCCAAGGCCCACGACUUCGGCGAGCCUCAGCCGCUGAAGGCGCUGCAGGCCCGCGGCGUGCCCGACCAGCUCGUCCACACCAUGAAGUACGUGUACUUCAACAAGGAGGCGCUGAGGAAGCGUGAGAACGGGGGCCACCGGAACAGCUACCAGCAGAUGCUGCGAGCCUUCUCCAGCAGCGACAUCCACGCCGCCGCCGCCAGCGUCCCGGAUUACGCCGGCAGUGACGACGGACUGAACGGAAGACCGAGACAAAUGCAGUGGAGUUAUAAAGGCCCGAACAGGCCGCCGUACAGAUACGAGGAACAACAGUGGACCGCGACGCCUAACUGUGAGGAGACGGAGGAGUGCGACCCUGAAAACACACCCAGGAACGGCCUGGCCUACUCCAAGCUGCUUGAGGAAUACAACCAGCUGAAGGACGAGAGGAAGAAAGACAAGGAGCUGCUGAGCGAGCUGCAGGGCCAGCUGGCCGCCGCCAAGCGAGCCCUCGCCACCAAACAGGAUCAGAUCGACGCCAUGAAGCAGAAGAUGGAGCAGAAAGACAAGGAGAUGGAGAACAUGUCCUUCUUCAAGGCCCAGGCGGAGGUUUACGCCGCCGACUUCUGCGCCGAGCGAUCCGAGAAGGAGAAAAUCAAGGAGGAGAAGGACCGCCUGGCCGCUGAGCUGGAGAACAUGAAGAGGCAGAACGCACAGCUGCAUAAGGAGGUGGACUCACUGGGCAGGCAGUCGCUGAACAACAUGCAGAGGAGACACAUGUCACAGGCAUGCAGUCCACAAGGGGGCGCCACCACUCUGGCUGGAAGAGGAGGCAGAGACAUGUCGCAGCAGCAAGGAGAAAUCCCAGGACACACCUGUCCGAAGUGUGACGAGGUCCUGCCCGACUUGGACUCCCUGCAGAUCCACGUCAUGGACUGCAUCCCCUCAGAGCGGCCGCCUGCGCUCUCAGUCAGCGGCGUUUCCCCAGAAGUGAGGAGGAAGCGGAGGAAGAGCGUCAACAUGUCGGAGUCCGCUGUCAUCAAGCUGAUCUGCGCCAAUCAGGGAUCGAUCCCCGUGGCCGAGCUGGAGGCGAACGGCUGCUUCGACGACGUGAGGCGGAUCAUCUCCAACCGGGAGAAGUUUGUGUGCUGCCGGUCCGGCGGGGAGCACAAGGUGGUGGCCAAGACGGAGCUGCGACUCUGCAAAGCCAAAGUGUGUCAGGGCUGCAACAACCUGCAUCUGUGCAGAAAGUUCCUGCUGGGAUCCUGCCCGUUCAGCCAGGGCAGGAGAAAGUGCUACUUCUCCCACGAGCUGCAGUCUGAUCAUAAUGUGAAGCUGCUCGAGGAGCACGGACUGGAGGAUCUGGACAGGACGGAGCUGUGCACGCUGCUGCUGCAGAACGACAACUUCAUGCUGCCGCCCAUAUGCAUGGAGUACAACAAAGGCGACGGGCUGUUCGGCGAGUGUCGGGACGGCGACGGCUGCACCAAGCUCCACAUCUGUGAGAAACACCUGCGUGGAGACUGUUCCUGCUACAAGGCGCACGACUUCCACGAGCCGCAUCCGUCCAAAACCCUGCAGGCCCGAGGCGUGCCCGCCCCGCUCAUCAACACCCUCAAGUAUGUUUAUAUUAACAAAGAGGCUCUGAGAGGCAACAGGGGCAACAGAGGCAACCAGCAGCAUCCAGCACGGGCUAACGCAGCUUAUGCCAACAGCGAUGAUGGACCAAACAAAAGACCGCGGAAUGAUGUUCAGAAAGAUAAAACUGAGAUAUGCUUGUACUUCAUCAAGGGACACUGUAAACAUGGCGACAAAUGUUUUAGAGCCCACAACAAGCUGCCGUACAGAUGGGAGCUCAGACAGGGACAGCAGUGGACCGCUUUGCCCGACAGCGAGGAGAUCGAGAAGGACUACUGCGUCCCUAAGAAAACAUACAGUCGUGGCGUUGAGCCCGUUUGUUUCGACACGAUGACCCGCGGGUCGAGCGCAGUGCGACGCCUCUCCACCGCUUCCUCUGUCCUGCACCCGGACUUCGUCCUCACCACCGAGUGGCUCUGGUACUGGGAGGACGAGUUCGGGAACUGGAACCAGUACGCCUCUGCUACUGCCGGACACUCAGCAGCCAGUAUCAGCGGUGCAGAGCUGGAGCAGAAGUACCUGAACGAUGACAAGAGCGUGGUGGAGUUCACCGCCGGGUCACAGAAAUAUUCACUGAGCUUCAAGGACAUGAUACAAACCAACAAGCAGUACGGCACCAAGCGGCUGGUGAGAAGACGACCUGCCUUUGUCUCGUCGGCCGAUGCAGCAACAGCCAAAGUGAGGAAGCCUCAGUCCAACAGCAGAGGAGUACCGGCAUACUGGGACAAGACACAGAUCCCUGAAACAGGAUACAAGCGAGUCUCCCUGCAGAGAUCCUCCGAGGAGUUUAAGAGGAUCGAAGGUCUGUUCUGUAACACGAUGGCCGGCUUUGACAUUGUGCAGAUUGAGAGGAUUCAGAACAAAAAACUCUGGGAAUUUUACGACUGUCAAAAGAAUUACAUGAAGAAGAACAACGCCGGACGAAAUGUGCAAGAGAAGAAGCUUUUCCAUGGCACGGACUCGAAACACGUACACGCCAUCUGCCACGACAACUUCGACUGGAGAAUCUGCGGGACUCAUGGAACAGCUUUUGGCAGAGGGAGUUACUUUGCCCGGGAUGCCAAGUACUCACACAGCUACACCGGCCAGUCUGACGUCAAGUCCAUGUUCGUCUCUCUGGUGCUGGUGGGCCAGUACACCCGUGGAUCCUCCGACUACGUCCGACCUCCCUCCAAGGACGGCGGUGACGUGCACUUCUACGACAGCUGCGUGGACGACGUCCGCGACCCCUCCAUCUUCGUUGUGUUCGAGAAGCACCAGAUCUACCCGGAGUAUCUGCUGCAGUACCAGGAGAAGACCUCCAACAUCUUCCGCGACUAUUACGGCGCAGCAUCAGCGCCGGCACAAAAACCAGUUUCCGCUCCGGUCAGACAACCUCGUCCUCAGUUCACACCGGCUCCUCAGGUCACACCGGCUCGUCCUGCUGCCAGACCGGCCACCUCCUCUUACACAACAGCUUACUCAUAUCCUUCAUCAUCAGCUUCCUCAUCAAGCUACAGCACAAAUAACCAGCAAGAGUCAUGUGUCAUCCUUUAGGAGCAAAUGUGAAGCGAGAUCAUGUGUC